GUUUCGAAUGGCAACAGAAGAACAUAAAUAUUUAGCAAAUAUUAUAAAAAAUACACAUGCCACGUUGCGACAAGAAGCUCAGAAUUAUGGGCCAGAGAUUGCAUGGAAACGGCACACAUGUCGUAAAGACAUAUUACAGGAAUAUGCCUCCUGUAUGCAGAAAUUGGCAACUACACAUUGGAUGCAAAAUAACAUAAACACCAAAGGUUCAACAUGCUCCAGAAUAGAAUGGAUCAAAUUUCAGUGUGAAGAGUAUUUUUUAAAUGAAGGAAAACAAAAAUAUGAUCUAAAGGAGGAAGAUAUCAAACUGAAAAUAGAUGCAAAUUUUACAGAUACUGAAGUUGCUAUAGAUUAUGAUGUAAAUAUUAAACAUAAGAAACCAAUUCAAAAGAUAUCACUGUUGGAUGCAGGUAGUUGUUAUAAUCCAUUUAGGGCUUUUGACAUAUUUGAGGUAAUUGCAAUAGAUCUGAAUGGCAUACCAGACAAAGUUUUUUGUUGUGAUUUUUUAAAUGUUCAAAUUGGACAAGAAUUGUCUGUGAGUAAUGAACAAGAAAUUUUGCAAUUGCCUGAAAACUACUUUCAGGUAGUUGUAUUUUCUUUAUUUCUGGAAUAUUUACCAUGUCCAAAACAAAGAUAUUUAUGUUGUAAAAAAGCUUAUGAUUUAUUGCAAUUUGGUGGUAUAUUUUUCAUUAUAAGUCCUGAUUCAAAAUAUGUUCAUGCGAAUGCUAAGUUCAUGAAAUCGUGGAGAUACAUUCUGAGUAAAUUAGGAUUUAUGAGAAUAAAGUAUGAGAAAUUGCACCAUAUACAUUGCAUAAUGUUCAGAAAAUGUGUGUUUAAACAAGUUGCAAUAAGGUGGGCGAAUUUGCAAAUAUUACCUCAGAACGAUCCUUUAUUUUUAAAUGAUACCUCAAUUUAUAUUCCGCAAGAUUUCCGAAAAGUAUCUAAUGAAAUUAAAAAACAAGAAAAACAAGAAUACGAUACAAACGAAGUAAUGACUAUGUUUAGUGAAUUACCUUUCGAACAAAGCUACGAAUAAAAUUAAGGAUAAAAAAAUAAAUAUCAAUUUUUUUAACUAGUUUUGAUAAAUCUUAUUUUUAUUUUUCU